ACCAAACCCCACACCAGUGGAUAUAAACAUGCCGUCUGCUGCCGGCAACCAGGUAUCUGCUGCUGGCAACCAGCCGUCUGCUGCCGGCAACCAGGUGUCUGUUAGACAACUUCCGGGAACAAGUGUACUAUUUGUUGAUCUGACUAGAUCAUCUCCAACGGGUCAAACAAGAAGAAUGCCCAAUCAAAGAAUAAUCUCACCAUUUAACUUAACAACAUCUGCUGACUUAAGGUCAAGAACUGGGAAUAAUGUUCUUAUUUCAAAUACUAGUCAAAUUGCCAAUCAAACAUUACCCGGAAGUAUUGGAAUUGGCGGGAGUGUAAGAAUGGAUCCUCGAAUUCGACCUCCAACACAGGACGAAUGCUUGGCUCAGCGGAUGGAACUUUGGUGUGAUCCCCAGAAACCUUGGGAUGGAACGCCAGGACUUUCAAGAUGGUGUCUUCUAAAUUGCAGAGCUGAUAAUUGUGAUAAUCAGCGAUGCGCAUGCGCGUGUAUGGACGAGUUAUUAUUCAAAGCAAAAUACGAACAGUUGUCGUUGAGGGCACCUUAAUAAGAUAAUGCUAUUUAAAAUCGGAAACUUGAUAAUUUUAUUUAUGAUGUUCAGUAGAUGCCAUAUGUAUGAAUAACCUUAAAUGGAUCGACAGCUCUUAAAUGGAUUUUAAAAUGUGUUUACAAGGAUGCAUUAUUGUUUGAAAUAUUAAAGGUUGACAUGUUAAAGGCCUACAGUUGUGCCCUGUUUGAAGUAUGCAAUAUUUACGGAUAAAUGUGUAAAUUAUGAGGAGUGGAGGUCAACGAUUUGUACAGUUUGUAUACGUUGUACAAGCGACAAUAUGUCCACUACUCAAUGGUGACAAUUUUAUUACACGCAAAACAUAAUUAUUCAUAUAAUGUAUAAGGAAACUAUGAUAAGUAAUGCAUGAAGUGUGGUGUGUUUUAUGGCAUAAUAUAACAUCAUAUGACAUUAUAUAUUGCUUUUAUGUUUGCUUAUAUUGCUCUUACUGUAAACUGUCGUGAAACCUUUCGUACAGUUUUAUAAACCUACAUUUUAAACUUCUUUUGUUAUAACUGAUGUAAAACCACUGAAAGGUUUUUGUUACUUAAAAACAUCUUAAGUCAAGA